AUGCUCAUGCCUGCUGCUUCCGUUCCAGAGUAUUUUACUCUGCUCCCAUCUGAGAUAUGCCGAUUUGUUCUCGGUUAUCUAAUGCAUAGUGGAUGCGCUAAUGCAGCAGAAGCGUUGUUUUGCGAGAGCGUUCAUCUAGCUGAGCUUCGUACCCAAUACACUUCCGUGUAUGAUCUCCCCUUUCAUGUAACUCAACUUACUUUACUGGAUAUCGUCAACGAUUACCUAAAGGUCGCGAAUGGAGUGGCACAUCACGUGUUGAAAUUUGGCAUUGUGUUCCGCCUGGGAUCGGUUUCCACAGCUCUCCCUCAUAUACUGAAAACAGCAGCGACACAGCCAGGUCUAGUUCGCCUGGCUCAUAUCCGUCCCAACCGGAUGCCUUUCGGCAAGGCUUGCCUUCCUCCCAGAAUUGUCAACCUUGAGCAGUUUUCCCGCAAUCUUCAACUACCAUCUUUGGCAGUUCGUCCUCACUCUUAUUCCAGUGCCAGCUCGGCUAACUUUGCACAAUGCACUUCAAGUACUGUCAGCGUCCAAAGUAAGGUUUCGGUUAAACCCCUACAAAAACAUGUGUUACGUCGUUUUAUUUCUGCACAAACUUUAGGCCAUCCUCCUCGACACAUCACUGCAGUAUCUGCCACCUCUGAAUUAAAGGGCCCCGACGCCUCCGACCACGAAGACGACUUUGAUCUCCAGCGUUUUCUUUCCGCUCUUCUCUCAAAUCCGGAACGAGUGGCGACUCAUAUCAACGCGAAGAUUGGUGGCCAUGUGAGAAACGACUGCGACCAUUUCCCCCUGCAGAAUGCAAUGUCAAACGUGCCUUACUCCGCCGAUGGACCACUUGGAAGCCAAAUCACCCCUUCUGUCUCCAUACCUCAUUCGCCUGCUGUAUCAUCUGAAUCUUCUGGUGAUUAUAGCCGGUUACCAGCACCCCCAGAUCAUUUACGCAACUCGCCUGACUCUUCAGAGUACCCAGAUCACCUCACUGGAUGGCUCGAGCGAUGCAAUCUGGAUAGUUGCAUCGAUCAUGUCCUAUCACAAUUUGACUUGGCAAGUCAUGAGCUCUCUAGUCCAGAAGUGAAGACUGACCCCGGCACGCCUGCUGCACAACCUGAAGACGUUUCAAGCCUAGUCGUUCCUUCUGUUACUUCCACACCAGUUGUUGCUUCUCUGACUGGAUCAGCCGAUUCGCUCCUGGACACUGUGCCGGAGACAGCGUCGAAUAACACUGCUAAACAGGCUACGAAGACAAGCAAGAAAGGAUCGCGUCGUCGGAUUGCCUCUCCCCUUUGCUUGAGUCAGUUCACAAACAAUGUUGCUGAAUCUGCUUCUCCACCAACAAAAAGGCGCCGCUCCACUUCGUCCAAGCGAAAGUCAACAGCGCAGAUUCCCAGCCCCUCGGUAUUACAUACUCCAGACAUGAAGGCACCUGGUCACUCAGUACCAGAUCAGUUGUCAGAGCUGGAAUCUCUGCAACAGAGCCUGUUCUGCUCUGAGUCUACUAUGAAAUUCUACGAGGAGUUUGUGGAUGUUCAAGAAUCUAAUUCCGACCCCUCAACCCGUGCAUGUGGCGCGGAAUGUAAUCCCUCUCCCCCCAUACCUGUCGUCGCAGAACCUGUCGACCGCCUCUCUCCUCUCACCCAGUCCACACAACCUGGUCAUCUUCAGCCGCUCACACUGCCAACACAACCAACAGUAUUGCCACAUGUUUCUGCAUUACUGCCAUAUGCAUCAGCCCGAGAUUGGCCCAGCUCCACUUCGAUGUCUAUCCAACAGAGUCAACCGGUAUCGCUUUGUGUCUCCCACCCAGUUUAUACCGCCCCCGCAGUUACUACCACCAGCACCACAGCAGCGAGCACCCCGCUCCAGUCCAUUAUCCAUCUCAGUACAGCUCAAGGCAACCUUCCACAGACAAUCAUCUUGUGUCCACCGAAUGACUCUUUACCUUUGCGCUUGGUCAACUGGCGGGCGACCAACCCGGUUCUUCAAUCCUUUGAUAAACCCGUGAUAAUACGGUUUCCUGCGAAUACGAGUGGCCUCGAUCUUUCAAGAAUCGUACUUCCCAUGAACGUCGAUCUGGAUAGCCCGAAUCCAUACCGAAACACGCUGAAUACACCGGUCCCCUGUGGAUCUAACAACGUGGAGAAUAUUCCUCCUUUAGUUGUUGAAAGCGGAUCACAAGGAAAGAUCCUCAAUUUGGCUUCCAUGGAUGUGGACAAAAUACUCUCCAAGUCGCUGGACGCCAAACGUUGAUUGUGACAACCCCCGCAUCGAUCUCGUGGGGUAACGAGUUUCGGG